AUGGUUACCAUGAAGGUUCCUGAGUUCUUGAGUGGAAUUGGAAGAGGAGUUGAGACUCACAUUCCAAAACUUGAAACCGCGAUAGGUGAUCUUUUGAAACUGCUUGUGGCUCGUACACUCAGACUCAAGAAGUUUGGCAUCCCAUGCAAACAUAGAAAACUGAUACUAAAAUAUAGCCACAAAUACAGGCUAGGGCUAUGGAGACCUAGAGCUGACGCUAUAAAGGCGUGAUUGUUUCUUUUCUUCGUUCGGAUUGUUAUCAUAAUAGAGUUGUUAUCAAUUAAAAAGGCUCUUGGUUCAUGAGGCUCACAAAUGGAUUGGUGUCCCGGUUAUUAAGAACCAAACCGUUGGCCAACAAAGAGACUUGUUAAGGUCUGACAAUGAUUUGAGUAAAGAAGAAGAAAUGUAGGAACGUGCGUGAGAGAGAUAAGAAAAUGUUUUUUUUAACAUUAAGAAAAUGUUUUUGCUAUGUUUUUUAAUGAUCUCUUUGGAUAACCAUAAACAUAAGGUUUGUUGCAUAUUUAUGGGUUUCCUUUCUCUAAUAAAACCAUAAACGAAAGCCCACAAGGCCCAUCUUAUUCAAGACUCUAUCCACCAAGUGUUUAAGAUAACCAAACCAGAAAUCAUGUAAAUCAAUAUAUGCAUUUGGAUUCUCACAACUCUAAAAGACCACAUCAGCUUCUUCUAAUAACCACUCUUAGAUACCCUAAGCCUUAUCAAACCAAUCUUACUACCUAUAUUAUCAUCCAACUUUAUCACCACAAAACCAAAA